CCAGCCUCUGUUUGCAGAGGAGAGUAUAAAGAGGUUGAGUCGGAGAGCAGAGCAGGAGCACAAGCAGCAACGGACCAGGUUUGGUGCCUGGUUGGCUCAUCACGUCCUGGUCUGCACCAUGGUGAAGCUGCUCAUCCAAACAAACACCUUUCUCCUUCUCCUCUUCUUCCUUCCUGGAGACACCUCACCCACCACAGAGCCGCAGUACAUGGUGCUGCUGCCCGUCCUGAUCCACACUGACUCUCCUGAGAAAGUCUGUGUUCAGCUGAGCCACCUGAACGAGUCUGUGACGCUGAGUGCCACGCUGGAGUACCAGGGGGAAAACAGGAGCUUGAUUGAUGAUGUUGUGGCAGAGAAGGACAUCUUCACCUGCAUCCCUUUCUCUCUUCCAAAGGCAAAUAACCUGUCACCAGACACCUUUGUCACUGUGGUGGUGAAGGGGGCAACGCUGCAGUUCAAGAGCCGCAAGUCGGUGGUGGUCAAGAAUUCUGAGAGCUUGGUCUUUGUCCAGACAGACAAACCCAUCUACAAGCCUGGACAGACAGUGCUGUUCAGAAUCGUUUCUUUGGAUCAAACCUUCCUUCCCUUGAAUGAGGAGUUUCCGCUGGUGUACAUCGAGGACCCAAAGAGAAACCGUCUGUACCAGUGGACAAAGGUAGAGUUGAAGAGAGGAUUAACCCAGCUGUCUUUCAACCUCACCUUUGAACCUAUGCAAGGGACCUACACAGUGGUGGCACAGACGGCCUCUGGGAGGACAAUUCACCAUCCAUUCUCUGUGGAGGAGUAUGUGCUGCCAAAAUUUGAAGUAACAGUGAAAAUGCCCAAGGUGAUCACCAUUCUUGAUGAGAAGCUGACAGUGAAAGUUUGUGGUCUCUACACAUUUGGGAAGCCUGUUCCUGGCCACAUCAGCUUCCGCAUCUGCCGGAGGUUUGAAUACACAGCUACCACCUGCUAUGGUGAAGAGUCUAAAGCAGUGUGUGAUGAGUUCUCUGGACAGGCAGACAACUACGGCUGCAUUUCUGAAGUGGUAAAGACCAAGUUAUUCCAGCUCAAAAGAAGUGGAUAUGAGAAUAAACUCCACGUGGAGGCUAAGAUUAAAGAGGAGGGGACAGGAGUGGAGUUGACUGGAACAAGCUUCUCUGAGAUCACAACCACCAUUAGCAAAAUCACCUUUGAGAACUCAGAUUCCCACUACAAACCUGGAAUUCCCUUCUUUGGGCAGGUGAAACUAGUGGAUGGAUCUGGUGCUCCAAUUGCCAAUGAAAUUGUGAGGAUUUCUUUACAAGGAGACCAGGAAACCAACUACACAACAAAUGAAGAGGGCAGGGCAUGGUUUUCCUUGAACACUUCCAUGCUGAACUUUGAUUCUGUUGGAAUUAGGGCAAUCCAUAAAGUGCACUCCUACUGCUACGACCGGUCCUGGGUUUCUCCCCGUUUUGAAGAAGGCUACCUGCCCCUGAAACGCUUCUACUCCCCUAGUAAUAGCUUCCUCAAAAUUGAGCCCAAGUCCAAGACUCUAAGCUGUGGCUCCUCCACACUGGUCCGGGUGCACUAUAUCCUUACUCCAGAGGCCAUAGGAGAGCAGAAGAAAAUUGUCUUUUACUACCUGGUGAUGGCCAAGGGAAUCAUUAAGCAUGCAGGCACCCACAUUCUGAAUCUGGACCAGGAUAGUGCCAAUGGUGUCUUCUCGCUCCAGCUGCCUGUAGAAAGUGAUAUUGCUCCAGUGGCCCAAGUGCUUGUCUACACCACUGCCCCCAGCAGUGAGGUGAUUGCUGAUUCAGCCAAGUUUAGCAUAGAAAAGUGUUUCAACAAUAAGGUGGACUUAAGCUUCUCUCCUUCUGAAGGCCUGCCUUCCUCUGAUGCUCACUUGCUGUUCAGAGCCUCACCGAACUCCCUGUGUGCUGUCCGUGCUGUGGACAAGAGUGUUCUUCUCAUGAAGCCUGAAGCUGAACUGUCACCCAGCUCUGUGUAUAGCUUGCUGCUAGCGAAGGAAUUCCAUGGCUCUCUUGAUGGUCCAGGCAUGAUCCUGGAGGAGCCCCAGGAGAACUGCAUCCCCUUGAAGAAGAUAGUCCUGAAUGGGAUCACCUAUUCUCCAGUAGUGGAGAUGAAUGAAGAGGACACCUAUGCCAUCCUAAAGGAAAUGGGUUUAAAGAUUUUCACAAAUACCAGGGUGAGGAAACCUUGGUACUGCAACACCGAGAAUCUGGUGCCCGUGGGCGCCCGCUUUGCCUCACACUCCGUCAUGUCUGCAGCGCCUACCUACGCUAUGAGGACAACUGGCCAUCAGCCAGUUAGACACAGUGAAACAGCCAGCAGUCCUGAGAAGCUGACGGAGACAGUCCGAAAGUACUUCCCAGAAACGUGGAUUUGGAGUUUGGUGCCUGUAAGCUCUGAGGGAAAUGCUGAUCUCGACGUGACGAUCCCUGACACCAUCACCGAGUGGAAAGCCAACGCAUUCUGCACUUCAGCAGACUCAGGCUUUGGUCUGUCCCCAACAGUGUCCUUCAGAGCCACCCAGCCCUUCUUUGUAGAGCUCACCAUGCCCUACUCUGUGGUGCGUGGCGAGUCCUUCACGCUGAAAGCCACCGUUUUCAACUACCUGACUGCCUGCAUCAGGGUCAGUGUGGCUCUGGCUCAGUCUGCUCACUUCCUGGCUGCUCCAGUGCAAAAGGAUGAAGAGUCUCAUUGCCUCUGUGAGAAUGGAAGGAAAACUGUGGCUUGGCUGGUGACUCCCAGAACUCUAGGUCAGGUGGAGUUCUCAGUGAGCAGUGAGGCCUUGCAGAACCAGCAGCCCUGUGGGAAUGCAAUUGUGGAGACCCCUGAGAAAGGGUGGAAGGACACAGUCAUCAGAAAGCUGCUGGUGGAGCCUGAAGGAGUUGAGAAGGAAAAUUCCCAGAACUCUGUGAUCUGUGCAAAAGGAGUUCCUGUGAAAGAGAAGUUUUCUCUGUUGUUACCCUCCAAUGUGGUUCCAGACUCAGGCAGAGCAUAUUUCUCAGUGCUGGGUGACAUCAUGGGCACUGCCAUGCAGAACCUGCAGCAGCUCCUCCAGAUGCCUUUUGGCUGUGGGGAGCAGAACAUGGUCUUGUUUGCACCCAACAUCUAUGUCCUGGACUAUCUGAACAAGACAGAGCAGCUGAGCGAGGAGGUCAAGUCCAAGGCCAUCGGAUACCUAGUGAGCGGAUACCAAAGGCAACUGAACUACAAGCACCCAGAUGGCUCUUACAGUACAUUUGGACCACGUUAUGGACAACCAGGGAAUACCUGGCUCACAGCCUUUGUCCUCAAGUCCUUUGCCCAGGCUCGGCGUCACAUCUUCAUAGACGAGAGGCACAUCCAGGAUGCUUUGGUCUGGCUCUCCUACAAGCAGAAGGAGAAUGGCUGCUUCCGCAGCUCUGGGACGCUCCUGAACAAUGCCAUGAAGGGUGGAGUGGACAAUGAAGUCUCGCUGACAGCAUACAUCACUAUUGCACUGCUGGAGAUUCCUCUGCCUGUAACUCACUCGGUGGUGCGCAAUGCUCUGUUCUGCCUGGAGAUGGCAGCAGACAAGGAGGAGAGCCACGUGUACACCAAGGCGCUGCUGGCCUACGCCUUCGCCCUGGCGGGCAGGGAGGAGAAGCGCGGAGCGUUGCUUGGCUCGCUGGAGAAGGAAGCUGUGAGGAAGGAUGGGUCUGUUCAUUGGCAGCGGCCUGGGAAGGAGCCGGAGGUGGAUCUCCCCUACCGUGGCCAUCGAGCUCCCUCUGCUGAAGUGGAGAUGACAGCCUAUGUGCUGCUUGCUCAGCUCACCACACGGCCAGCACCUUCCCAGGAGGAGCUGGCCUUUGCAUCUCUGAUUGCCAAGUGGAUCAUCAGGCAGCAGAAUCCCAAUGGGGGCUUCUCCUCCACGCAGGACACAGUGGUGGCUCUCCAAGCCCUGUCCCUGUAUGGAGCUGUCACCUAUGCCAAGAGUGGAGCAGCUUCCACAGUGAGCCUGCGCUCUGCAGGGGGCUUCCAGCAAGACUUCCAAGUGGAUCCCACAAACCGGCUGCUGCUGCAGCGCGUGGCCCUGCCCCGGCUGCCAGGGGAGUACAGCACGGAGGUGUCUGGGGGAGGCUGUGUCUACCUGCAGACAAGCCUGAGGUACAACGUGCAGCCCACACAGGAGGAGGCACCCUUCAUGCUUCAUGUUUACACAACCCCAGAGACAUGUGUGGACUCCAAGGCCCACAAGAUGUUUGACAUAGGCAUCAAUGUCAGUUACACUGGGGAGCGCAAUGCCUCCAACAUGGUGAUUGUGGAUGUGAAGAUGCUGUCAGGAUUUGUGCCCUUGAAGUCCUCUGUGAGGAAGCUGGAAGGCCACCCCAGCAUUGAGCGCACAGAGACGAGUGCCAACCAUGUCCUGGUGUACCUGGACAGGCUGAGCAGUGAGACCCUCAGGUUCUCCUUCACGGUGGAGCAGGACAUUGCUGUGCAGGGCCUGAAGCCAGCUCUGGUGAAGGUCUAUGACUACUAUGAGACAGAUGAUUUUGCCACACAGGAGUACACUGCUCCCUGCAGCCAAGGUAAGGUGCACAGGAACAACUGA